AUGGAUGCUAAGUGUCUUGUGUCUCUUGUGGUAGUUCUCAUGGUUGGGGUGUAUGGGACCCACGGGCAGGAUGUCAGGGUGAAGCUGUGUGGGAGAGAGUUUAUCCGUAUGGUAGUCACAUCGUGUGGGAGCUCCAGACUGAGGCGCUCCACUCCGGAGCUUGGACAACACCCCGUCAGCCACCACAGGGUAACUCUGGAUUGGCUGAACAGCAAUCAGUUUGCCAACCUGAGGACUUCAGAGACUGGUGAAGAUGUGGUGACACAGCAAGAUGACCAGGACUCCACAGAGAGUAUGACAGAAGACCAGCAGACCCAUCCAGGGUUUCCCAGCACACCUCCACAGGUCCAGGGAGACAUGGAGCCUUCAACCGUCCCUCUGGGGUACACCGUGUCCUCCCGUACCCGCCGAGACGUGGGGCCUGCUGGGGUGUGUUGCCGAUCCGGCUGCACCAUGAGCGAGCUGGUCCAAUAUUGCUAA